GAAUCGUUUUGAGUCGGUCAAGAAAUGUGGAAGGACAACAAAGUGAGAGGCAUAAUAAAAAAAGAAAGAAUUUUGGUGCAAAAUAACCAUUCCAAUUGUAAAUACUCCACACCUGAAGGGGGUGCUGUUACCCUGCCUCUACUGUUUGCUUGAAAGGAUGGGGCCAAUGGAGUCAGAGGAAUUACCAGGAUGUUGCUUAAAUACUACACACCUAACCAAUUCUCAGCCAUUAUUUGGUUACUUGGAUACUUAAACAGCGUUUACCUGAAGCCAGGCAGAAGGAAAACAGCUCCGGGUCACCCAUGAGGCUGGAGGCCGCAGCCAGGAUGGAUCUGUUCCGGAGGCUGUGGAGGGCGAGGAAUCUGAUCGUGGUGAUUUUCAUCCCACUCUCCCUGUUGCCACUUCCUCUCAUCCACCCCACCAGCGAGGCAUGUUGCGCAUAUGUGCUAAUAGUGACGGCAGUCUACUGGGUAUCAGAGGCUGUUCCCUUGGGUGCUGCCGCCCUCGUCCCUGCCUUCCUCUACCCACUCUUUGGGGUACUAAAGUCAAGCGAGGUGGCGGCCGAGUACUCGAAAGACACCACGUUGCUGCUGAUGGGAGUCAUCUGUCUGGCCGCGUCCAUAGAAAAGUGGAACCUGCACAAGCGCAUCGCCCUGCGCAUGGUGAUGAUUGCGGGGGCCAAGCCUGGCAUGUUGGUGCUGGGCUUCAUGUGUUGCACAGUUUUCCUGUCCAUGUGGCUCAGCAACACGUCCACCACGGCUAUGGUGAUGCCAAUUGCCGAAGCCGUCCUGCAGCAACUCAUAUGCACCGGCAUGGCCGACAACCUCGAGCCCGACGCCACCGAGGACGACAGCGUUUCAGACAAAGAAGAAACCCUGGACAAGAACCAAAUGGCACUGCUCGACCGUAAUGACAGCAAUGCUUACGAUAAACAGGAGCUCUCUACACUUAGUGAGGUACAGACUGGAGAAGCCAACGGGAUGGGUGUGAAUCAAAAUACCAAUCAAGAAUGCAUCACACAUACAAACGGACACUUGCCGCAGGUGGCCAUUGAAAUCCCAAAUGUGAAGCGCGUGAAGGCCAGGCGAGACUCCCAGUAUCCCACCAAGCGGGACCACAUGAUCUGCAAAUGUCUGACACUCAGCAUCACCUACGCCGCAACCAUCGGUGGACUCAUCACCAUCACCGGCACCUCCACCAACCUAAUAUUCGCUGAGCAGUUUAACACGCGCUAUCCAGAUGCCAAGGUGAUCAACUUCGGCACGUGGUUCAUCUUCAGUUUCCCCAUUGCCAUUAUCAUGCUGGUCCUCACCUGGCUGUGGCUGCACUUUCUCUUCCUGGGCUGCAACUUCAGGGAAACAUGCUCUCUGAGUAAGAAACGCAAGUCCAAAAGGGAAAUGAUGUCAGAGAAGAGAAUCCAUGAGGAGUAUGAAAAACUGGGACCCAUCAGCUACCCAGAGGUUGUCACUGGGGUUUUCUUCAUCUUGAUGACUCUGCUUUGGUUCACGAGAGAACCUGGUUUUGUGCCCGGCUGGACCUCCCUUUUUGAGAAAAAAGGUUAUCGGACCGACGCUACAGUGUCUGUCCUCCUGGGCUUCCUGCUCUUCCUCAUUCCUGCAAGGCGGCCUUUCUCUUCACCCUCUUCGAGCUACAGAGACUCAGCAUCAGACCCGCUGGCUCCAAUGAUCACUUGGAAGGACUUCCAGCGGCUCAUGCCGUGGGAGAUCGUCAUCCUGGUGGGCGGAGGCUAUGCGCUGGCAGCCGGCUGCAAGGUGUCAGGCUUGUCCGUGUGGAUCGGCCGCCAGCUGGAGCCGAUGAGUGGACUCCCGCCCUGGGCCGUCACCCUGCUCGCCUGCCUGCUGGUGUCGGCGGUCACGGAGUUCGCCUCCAACCCGGCGACGCUCACCGUCUUCCUGCCCAUCCUCUCCGCACUGUCCGAGACCUUGCGCAUCAACCCCCUCCACACUUUAAUCCCCUCCACAAUGUGCGUGUCAUUCGGGGUCAUGCUUCCAGUGGGGAACCCCCCCAACGCCAUCGUCUUCAGCUACGGACACCUGCAGAUCAGCGACAUGGUGAAAGCAGGUUUCGGAGUGAACCUGAUCGGCGUGGCGGUGGUGAUGUUGGCCAUCACCACGUGGGGGGUUCCCCUCUUUAAUUUGUCCGAGUUCCCAGCCUGGACAGUGGCCGCAAAUGUCACUAGCAGCUUAUAGCCCACCCUCUUCUCAGAGUGAAGCCAGCAAGAGGGGGACCAAUCCGGAGAGAAUUAAGAAAGUCUUUUGACAGAGAAAGUGACAGAGAAAGUCUAGACUGGACUUAUGGGAAGAAGGUGGACAGAGGGGAGGAGAAGCUGCUUGAGGCAGGCAAUCCACAAUUCACAAUGAAAGCUGUAAAAAUGAAAACGUAUUUUAUAUCCUUAAAUGUAGGUAAUUUCUCUAUUCACUUGCUGUGUGAUAUGACAUUUAAAGGUUCUGCAAAUGGCGCUCAAAACCACAGAUUGCCUUCUACUGUACAGUUUUUGGGAAAACAUUUUUAGUACUGCCUUUAAACCUGUAUACAGUUCUUUUACUCACAGUAAAAGUACAUCAUGGAACCUUAGGAGUGCACUUGUUGCCAAUCCUAACAAAGGAAUAAAAAGUUCCUAUUUCACUCCGUGGAAACAAGGCAAGGGCUUUUGCCGUCACUGUGGUGACAGAUAUAAUGAAAGCGCAUCAUUGAAAACAAAAAUCAAAAAUCAUGAAAUGUUUUACAGUUGAACAAUAAGCUGCUAAAGGAUGGCUUGAAAAUGUGAAUGAGUAAUUUUUUGAACACAUUAAGGUACAAAGGGUGAGCGCAUAUAUUUGCAUUUUAUGAUAAUCAAUGUUCAAUCAAAUCUGGUGGUAGAAGACAAUAUUAACAUGUACUGUGCAAAAAUUUAAAUUGUGUUUAAUAUUUUUACACAAUGGAAUGUGUGGCUUUUAUCUGUUCUAAACCAAUUAUCGUAUCAUAGGCACAAUCUUUUAUCUGUAAUUUAUUCAAGUUGUCACACUGAAUGUAACUCAGUGGAGUCGAUGUCAAAGCCUUGACGCCUAUCUUUGUAAAUACAUAGACUUGUAACAUAAAGAACUGGUUCAAUUCCAUGCAUUGUAAAGACAUGAAAGUUAAAAAGACCAACUAUGUGUACAAGAAUAAAACCCAUUC